GGUGGUGGUGGAUUACCACUACACUCAGUUCUUUACUGUUGGUUCUUCAUCCCACGGUUCCCACCAAAAAGCAAAAUUCCCAAUUUCUGUAUUUGUCAAACCCUAGAUUUCUUAACAUCUCACUCUCUAUGAACCAUCCUCCGAUAAUCCUUGUUUUUCAACUGCAAGUUUGUUAUCAUGGAGUAUUUCAAGAGACUCCCAGAAGAGAUUACAAUCGACAUUUUAACACGUGUACCUACUGAGUCAAUUGGUGAAUGUAAAUCCGUAAGCAAAAGCUGGAGAAAUCUUCUUCGUCAACCAUCAUUUUCUCAAUUGCACCUCCGUCGCCUCUCAAAUCCUGAUUCUGAUUCUGGUAAGUUGAGUUUUCUUGCUUUGACUCGUGGUGAGAUUGGGCAUGGAAACCUUCACUAUUUUGAAUUUAAUGAAAAUCAUGAGUCAACACCGAUUGAGAGAAUUUGGAGGAUUAAUUAUUCCCUUCCAUUUAGGGGUACUAGACUUAUUGACUCGCAUAAUGGUUUGAUCUGCCUUGCUGGAUAUCCACCUCGUCCAGCGAUUAUCGGAUCUGUUUGUAUUUGUAACCCUAUUACAAGAGAAUAUGUUUUGCUUCCUCAAGUUGUUGACAGAUUUUAUGAUGUUUGGGUUACUGGAUUUGGUUAUGUUUCUUCAUCAAAUGAGUACAAAGUUGUAGGAAUGUAUAAUAAUCUCAAGGAAGAGUUUCUUGAAGUCUAUAUAUACACUCUAGGCAGUGGAAAUGGAUGGAGAAACCUUGGAAAGUUCAGUACUGAAUACAACCCAUAUCCUUUGCACCAAGGUAAGUUUGCCAAUGGAGCUAUCCAUUGGUUGAGCAGGAAUGUGGAAAUGAUCGUGGCCUUCGAUUUGGCUGAGGAAAAGUUUUGCGAACAUCUUUCGCCACCUCCUUUGCCGGUAGACUAUAAUUGGGAUGAAAGUAGAAUUGGGGUUUGGGAUGGGUUUUUGUGGUUUGGCAUCGGAGAAGAAGAUGAAUUUUAUGACAUAUGGCAAUCGAAAAGGAAGAAUGAUAAUCAUGACAUGAAACAGAAAGAGGAGCAUCAGUCAUUUUGUUGGAGUAGAAAGUGUAGGGUUGACGAAAGCCAAUUAUUAGCUGAUACAAAAAAAGACUGUGUUUUAACUUGUGUUGAUAAUCAUCUCAAUAUUUACGAUCCGAAAGCUUUAACCUUGACAAGGCUUGUGGAUUUUAAGGAACAAUUUUGUCAAGUAUAUCCUCACAAGAACACACUAAUUUCGUUGAAAGAAUUAGGGGAAGAAGAUACAAAGAUAAUGAAGUCAGUUGAAAUUAAGGGGAGAAAAAAGCCGUGAUUAGCCUUUCCACCAUCUGCAAGAGGAGGAGAUUCCUGGAUACAUACUUAUGAACUGGCCUUUCAACUAUCUGUUAGUGGAUAAUAUCCCUGGAUACAUCCUUAUAAACUGGUAAUUGCUGUUGAGUUUCUGAAGUAAUAUUCUUAUCAUUUUGAAAUUGGAUUACCAGUAACCUUUCUGGGAACCUAAAUAUUGUUGAUGUUGUGCAUGUGAUAUAUAUAGUAUUGCUUUUAUUCUGUCUUUAUUUAGUCGAUCCAACUUUUUGGGAGUUUUGUUUUUAUGUUGGGUUAAGCUAUGUUUCCUCGUAAAUUUUGCUUUUUCUAGUAUUUCUAUGGGUACGAUGUACAAACUUCUUGCUACAUCUGCCAAGUAGGUUUUGAUGGUAUGCUGAAGUUGUUUAGCUUUGUAGUUAUCCAGCAUUGUGAUUCUGCCUGUAUUCAUGUAGCCAGCUCAGUUGUUUGGGGUUGUGUAGAUCCCUAUCCAUAUACGAUUCUGGUGUAUUCAUUCAGGGAUUCGAUGUAGGCAUAGUUGUUUCUACUUUCGUGCCUCAGACCUUGGUUUCAUGUUCAUUCCUUGAUUUCUUAGUGAUCUUCUUUGUAGAUAUUCUUUUUUUUUUUGUGCUAAUAGAUGCAGGCAGAGUUGGGUCUGUGAUUAGGUGCUUUUAUGGGGUGGUAAGACAUUAAAUCUAGUGCAUCUGCGUCUAAUUCAUCAUUCGGCGCUAAUACAUAAGAGCAAGUGAAUUAUGAUGAACUCGAUAAAGACGGUAAUGAAUUACGUGAAGCUGAAGCUUCCCUGGUAACAUAUGUAAUCUCUCGCCUCAUAGACAUGAAGCUGUAUAUGGAAAGAAGCUUCCUGCAUCUAUACUCGGAGAAACAUUCUCAGAAACGUACCUUGACCCACGAUGAUUGAGUAACAACAAUGGAUCACAAGUGUAGUUAUGUAGUUAAAGCACCAGCCAGACAUCUAAUCUAUGAGAAUUUCCAUGUCAAGGGUUUAAAGCACUACUAACAGCUGUUUUAUCUAAUGGCCAAUUUUCUGCUUGUGGAGAACUAAUGUACCAGUGUCGCUGUAGUUAUAUUGCUUUUGGACUUGGGUCUGUUGGAAUGGAUAAGCCAGUAAAUCGCUGUUAGAAAUGCAACAUUGUUAAGUGUCUGAAUCUGAAAUUGGAACUUUGUUUGAAGCAAAUAUUACCAGUGGUGGCUCCGGUGUCUCUGUUUGCAUAGUAGGAAGAAACUGUCUAUGAAGCAGCGAACAGAUUCUAGAGAUUCAGCAAAAGUACAAAGCUACCAGAGGAUGCAUCUGUUUUCGAAUGUUGUUCUCCAGGUGUCGGAGAGUUUGGAUAUCUGAUAAUUAAUCGCCUUUUCGUGUUCUUUUGACCCUUGCAAGCUUGUUUCAGAUGUAAUAUUCUUUAAAAAUCUUUUUUUUUUUGUUUGUUUGUUUUUUUGGUUAUAGAGACUGGAUCACUGGAAUAUCUGAGCUGUAAGUUGUAACCGUUUUAUUCUGAAAGGGUUUUAUCUGUAACAUAAAGAAUAAGACAAGGUGUAACAGAAAAAGACUGGCAAUUAAAAUUGUUGAGUAUGUUUUGCAGUAUAA